GUUUGAUUUUGAUAUACAUUAUAAGUAGGUACUAUGGAAUUCAUAGAAAGUAAAAGUGGUAAGAAAAUGUUAGUUACUAUGGAAUUCAUAGAAAGUAAAAGUGGUAAGAAAAUGUUAGUUUUGGAUCAAUUUAAAUAUUAUUUUACCGCAAACAGAUGGAGAUGUUACAAAAAAGAUUGUUCUGCUAGUGUUUACCUCAAUGAAAAAAACGACGAAAUUGUAAAAAGAAAAGGAGAUCAUUUUCACGAUCCAUGCAAAACAAUCCAUAGGCAAAAAAUUUCAAUUGCGUGCAAAAGGAAAGCAAUUGAAGAUAUAAGUCAACGUCCAAAAAAAAUUAUAUUGUCUGAAGUAUAUUCAUCUAAUACUAAUGUCGAUAUAAAUACACAAGAUAUUUCUGCCAUUCGAAAAUGCAUUUACCGAGCAAGGCGUCAAACUUUACCAACAAAUCCAACUUGCAUAAGUGAAGUACAUGACGUUAUUGAUUUUUUAAAACCCAUCACUUCUAAAAAUGAGAACUUUUUAAUGAUUAAUGAUAUAAAUUCAAAUAUAAUUAUUUUUUCGUGCGAAACGAAUUUAAGCUUUCUGUGUAAAAGUGAAACAGUGUAUAUUGACGGAACCUUUUCAUAUUGUCCAAAUUUUUUUUUACAAUUAUUCACCUUACAUGGUUUUAUAAAUAAUCACUACGUUCCACUAGUAUUUUGUUUAUUACCCGAUAAAAAACAAGAAACCUAUUUCAAAGUAUUAAGUGUUAUAACAACUAAAUGUGAUGAAUAUAAUUUAAUAUUAAAUCCAAAAAUUAUAACGAUAGACUUUGAAAUAGCGAUUCAUAAUGCUGUCAAAUUAGUAUGGCCUAGUUGUGCCAUCAAAGGAUGUAGGUUUCAUUUAACUCAGUCGUGGUACAGAAAGAUUCAAGAACUUGGUUUAAUUGUCGAUUACAAACAAAAUAAUUGGUUAAAGCACACAUUUGGAUUGAUGUAUUUAAAUCCAGAAGAUGUAUCAGAUUGUUUUGUAUUUGAUUUAAUGUCAGACAUGCCAGAUAAUCAUAAAUAUUCCCAGUAUACUGAUUAUUUAUUAGAAACUUAUAUACACGAAAAUUCAAAAUUUCCUCCAAAAAUAUGGGCAUGUAUGACAGAAAGUUUAUCUCAGACAACAAACAAUUGUGAAUCAUUUCAUUCACACUUUAAUCAACAGUUCUACAAAUCACACCCAAAUAUAAGUAUAUUUUUAAAAAUUUUGGUUGAAAAUGUCCAGACGGACACUUACAUUAAAAUAAAUAGUGCCAAUUUAAAUAUUCCGAAUACACCGAAAAAUAAAUCAACUUUGUUAAAAUGUGCUAGGACUAGUAAGGCUAUAACUGAUUUUAAAAAUAAACUAAUAUCGCGUUAUUCGUACGUAAAGUGUGUUGCAUUCAAUUAUGUUAAAUAA